CGCGCCCCGGUGCCAGGGACCGAGGGAGGGGUGGAGGGAGCGCGCCGGUGCAAUGCCAGGGGGACGGGCUAAGCCCGCCGCCGAGUUACACAACCAGCCGGGGCAGCUCGCCCUGCAAAUGUGAGUUUCCCCGAGUCAGCCCGGCUCGGGGCAGCCCGCCUCAGCCCAGCCCUGGCCGAGCCCCUGCCCCCUGCUCCGGGCGCCUGGCUGCAGCGGGGGCUGGAAGAGACUCGCGUGACAUGUUUCCUCUGGGCAGGGGCACCGGGUGGCUUGUGGUGACCCUGGAGGCGGGGAGAGCGCCUGGCAUGGCAUUGAGCCCCCCUGCCCCUGGCAACGCAGCCUCCUCCUAGACGGGAACCCUGUGUUGUGUAAACGAGCUGAUGGAUGAAGAUGAGAAAGACAGGGCAAAGAGGGCAUCACGCAACAAAUCUGAAAAGAAAAGGCGAGACCAGUUCAAUGUCCUCAUCAAAGAGCUCUGCACGAUGCUUCAGGGUCAUGGCCACCCUCUCAAGAUGGACAAGUCCACAAUAUUGCAGAGGACCAUUGACUUCUUACAGAAACAGAAAGAAAUCACAGCACAGACCGAGGCCUGUGAGAUUAGACAAGACUGGAAGCCUUCGUUUCUUAGCAAUGAGGAGUUCACGCAGUUGAUGUUAGAGGCAUUAGAUGGAUUUCUCAUUGCACUUACCACUGACGGGAUUAUUAUUUAUGUGUCUGAUAGUGUCUCCUCUCUUCUUGGACAUUUACCGUCAGAUUUGGUGGACCAAAAUAUAUUAAACUUUCUGCCUGAGCGGGAACAGAGUGAAGUGUACAAGCUCCUUUCUCCACAUGUGCUCAUGACAGAUCCUGUUGCAGCUGAUGUUCUAAACCCUGAAAAGCAAAUAGAGUUUUGCUGCCAUUUAGCAAGGGGAAGCUUAGAUCCAAAUGAGCCCCUAACAUAUGAAUAUGUGAAAUUUGUAGUGGAUUUUAAAUAUUUUACUCAUGUGCCUACACCCUCCUGCAAUGGCUUUGAAUCAGCUAUCGCAAGAGCAUUCAGGUCAGCCACAGAAGAGCAGAUUUGCCUUGUAGCAACUGUUCGUCUUGUUACGCCGCAGUUUUUAAAGGAGGUGUGCAACAUUGAAGAGCCAUGUGAAGAAUUCACAUCGAGACACAGUUUGGAGUGGAAGUUCUUAUUCUUGGACCACAGGGCCCCGCCUAUUAUAGGGUAUUUACCCUUUGAGGUUCUGGGAACAUCAGGUUAUGAUUAUUACCACGCUGAUGACCUGGAGCUUCUCGCUAGGUGCCAUGAACACUUGAUGCAAUUUGGAAAAGGAAAGUCCUGUUACUACAGAUUCUUGACCAAAGGCCAGCAAUGGAUAUGGUUGCAAACGCACUAUUACAUCACGUACCAUCAAUGGAACUCCAAACCUGAGUUCAUUGUUUGUACACACCUUGUAGUGAGUUAUGCAGAGGUUCGAGCAGAAAGAAGGAGAGAUCUUGGCCUUGAGGAGUCAUCAAUCGAACUGGCAUCUUCUUCUUUGAAGAGUCACAAUAGUUACAUAGACAUCAGGCAAUGUGCAAACAACCAAGAAACCGGCAGGGAAAGAGUGUCUGUAUCCUCUCCUAGCUCCCGGCGAUCUUCGCACACGGCACUCUCCGACUCUGCAUCCACCUCAUCCAUGCGGCACACGGAGGCCAGCACUCCCACCAGGCAAUCAGUGCCAAUGGGUCAGCAGGAGAAGGCAUCGCUGAGGCUGGCCUCAAGUGGGAGCGCACAGGCAACAGUAACUCCUCAGGCACCCGCUGAACAUCUCACUCUGCACCAGGUGGGCCAGCCAGCAAUUCCCUCGCAGCAACCUGUGACGCCAGUGUACCACUUCCCAGCCCAGUUAGGGAUGAUGCAUCAACUAAAAGAACAGCUGGAGGAGAGGACUCGCAUACUGCAAGCUGACAUCAAGACACAGCAAGAAGAACUCCAUGUUAUCAAAGAGCAGCUCCAACUAGUGCAAGAUUCCAAUCUGCAGAUGUUGAUGCAACAACCUAUGCCCAUAGUCUUUAACAACGUACAGCAACAGAGCCCAAGAAGGCCAUCUCAACCACAGCAGCCUGGGGCGACCAGGCAGACCACAGCCAAGAAGUCUCAGCAGCAAGGCCUUAUGGGAUCCAAACACUACAGUGCCCCACACUUACCGUCACCACAUCAAUUCCUCAGGGAACCUUGUGUCACUUCCUCACAGGUACAGCAGCAACAGCACUUAAUGCGAGGCAGCCAGGCCCAGCCCACACGCCUGCCAGCGCAGACAAGCAUUUCGAUGCCCCUCUACAACAGCCCCAUGGUGUUUUCCCAAACUCAUCCCAUCACUGUGUCUGCUCAGAUGCCGACGGAAAUGAGUGAAAGGCAACAACCGUCCGACUACAGCCAAGAUAGGAGUCUCAGAAUGUUGUUAGAUCAGCCUGUCCAAGCCUUGAUGCCCAGUGCUAAUGGCAGUAAUCAGUCAUCACAAAACACUGCUGGCAGACAGCAAGCAAAAUUUGUUCCAGAACAACAGAUGCUGCCUCCCCCAUUACAGAUGCAGCCAAUUACAUGUAGCACAGUCAGGGCUCCUGCCCCUUCUCCUGUAUUUACUCCUUCAGUCAUGAUUCCACAGGCCAACUUCACUGCCCACCAGACGCAACUUCCAGUUCAUCUCCACCAAUGGCCACCCCAACAGCAGGUUCAGCAGCAGCAUCUCUACCUGCAGAUGCAAGCCCCUGAGUCGGUCCAGGGGAGUCAAAAUCAGCGUAUUUUCCAGCCAUCUCAUAUACCGCAGCAGAAUACCAUGGGCUACUUCCUCCAUCCACAGCAACAAAGCCACCAUCCGCAGGGUCAGUCCUGCAACUUACAGGACCUGCCUGAAAUGCAGCUGCCGUGAAAGCCAGGUCAUGACGAGAAGGUGACGAGUCGCAGCUGCUGUGCUGAGCAGGCGUCGGGGAAGGACGGCGAAAUUCGAGGAGAGAAGGCCCUCCUCAUGUGCCAGAGGGGUGAGGGUUAGCCCAGAGGGAAACAUGGCAGCAUGGAGGAAGGUCCCAGCAGGAGAGCACGAUCGCCAUAUGGGUACCUUGUUGAUUACCAUUUUUAUAUAUUCAGUCCUUGAUGCUGCACAGCGACGGUAUCAAAGCAAAGUCUGGAUUCAUUAAGCAACAGGACUGUUUGACUAAACACAGUUGAACUGUGAGCAGCUAGAACUCCGGUUCAUGUACAUCCUGUCAAGAGCGGCUAUUAAGUGCUAAAAAUACCUGGAGGCUGAAAUCAGGAUAGUCGGAAUUGGUUGUGGAGCUCUUGCCUGCCAAAGCUAGUCUGCAAAGGCAGUGACAGACUUGCUGAUCAAAAAUGGUUGACUUAAGCAGGAAAAUGAUCGCUGAAGCAUACAGUCAUAUAUGGCUGUUAUUGGUCACUAAGCCAUACGGCCUUACACAGCACAGCAUUGCAAUUCCUUUGGACUGCAAUCUGGAUUUCUAGCUGCAGGCAUGCUAUUAAUCAGGUCAGUGCAAAGAUCGCUUUGCAACUGAGAAAAUAUUUUCAAUUCAGGACAUCAAUGCUCCUUUUAAAUUUUGCUGAAAUUCACUGUGAAUUUAAGACCAGUGUUUGGAGCACGGAAACCUGUAAGAAUCAGCAGGGGCCCAUUUAAUUAGCAUCUACAUCAUUUGCUUUGUUGUAGUAGGUUCAUUGUGGAUUUUGGUUUCCUUUUUCCCUAUCCCUCAAUCCCAGAAUUUGUUUUUUCCAGAUGAUUGAAUAAUGCUGCUAAUUCCUGUACCACCACUCUUGCCUAAAUUUCUUACGGUUGUUUUACCAACUCACGUCGCCAUCAGUAAGCUACGGGUGCAGAUGAAUUUCUGUGGUUUUAGUCCCUGGAGCCAAGUAUUUUUCAGGGUGUACAGGCAAGGAGUCCUUACAUUCUCCAGUGGACCCUGCGGUACAUGUUUCUUUACACCUGAAACUCAGACAAAGGCAAACUUUGUGGUUUUGCUAGUUCAUGUUUCAAUUUGGCAAAGCUGAAAUUUAUACUAAGUGGUAUUCCAAGCCCAUAGGGUUAGCAAUAAAUUGUAUUUUUGUAAAUUGUCACUUUUUAACUAUGUGUUUAUAUUUAUGAACUGACAAACUGUCUAUUCCUCAGUGGGUGUAUAGUAAAGUGUCCCUACUGUUUGUGUCUUUCCAAAGGAAAAUGAAUAUUUAAUCUUUAGAUUUUUUUUUUUUUGGGGGGGGGGAAACUGAGUGUUAGAUUUGGGUAAUGCUUGAUCCCAAACUCUGAAGACAAUUUAAUACCAGCUUUCUGAGACAAUGCUUGGAUACUUCCUUAAAGGAAAAAAGUGAUGGCAAAGUCAUAACAUUGUGGCUGGCACUCGAAAUAGAGUUUAGGGAAAAGUUAUUGUCUAACCUCGAUCUAACCUAAUCAAUCUGCUCUUUCUAGGCCCUUUUGGGACCCCCUCCGUCACCAUGAUCGCGGGGUGCCUGCCUCUAGUAGUUGAGAUGAAACAGAUGAGGCUGAAAGCGUGGUGAGGUCAAGCUGGAUCAGUGGAGCUGUGCUCAGCACUGCUUGGAAAAGGUGACUGUAAGUCACCAUUGGUCUGCUAAACCUCUCACCCCUGUAAAGCCGGGCUCAUGCGGGAAUGCUUUAUUUUAAGCCAGCUCCCAAAGGCACCGUGGACUCACUGGGCGUAGGGCCACACAUUUCCCCCUCCCCUUCCCCAAGUCGCAGCCCUGUGCCACAGCGGGAUUUCCCGAGGCACAGGGCAUCCUCAGUGAGGCAGCUCUGCUGGUUUUCAGCCACUUUGCCCCAGUGGCUGCUGCGGUCCAGCCAAGAAUCUGCGUUAUGAUGUUUCUUUGGACACUUUAAAGGUGCAUGUUCGUUUCCAAGCCCGCCUGGGCGUGUUUGGUGCCCAGCCACACUCGGCUAUUGGGCGCCAGCUUGCAAAACUGUGACCAUGGCCUCUGAGCAGAGAAGGGGCUGAGCAUGCUUUAAGCGGGGUACCUGGCUUUGCCUAGCAGGGGUGUGGAGCAACUGGCGGGCUCAGGCUCACCACGGCUGCAGUCUGAGUGCCCUGCUGCUGGAGGCAAUACUCAGAGUACAUUUGUUUUCACCUUGCGUGGGGCAUUGAGAACCAUGUUAAUUAGAUGUAAACGUUUUAGCAUGAAAACUCAAGUCACCAAAGAGGAGAGCAGCACAGACAUUCCAUCAGGCCAUUCCCUGGCUCUGCACAGCCAUGCCGCUGGCAUCAGAAGAGACGUGUGUUAUCUAUUUUCAUAGCCUAGUUGUAGCACAACAAUGGCAGGGUGGCGUAAAUAGAAAAGAAGGGCGCUUAACAAUGAGAGGUCGAGGAGGCAGAGGCUACCCUUCCCCCCCCCCUCCGUCCCCCGCACUGUACGACCUGGGGCAAAGGCAUGGGCUGGAAUUGUCAAAUGUGCUGGCCGGCUCAGUGAGUGUAGCUCAAGGCAGCCAGGGGUGAAGGCAGGGGUUGCAAGUUGGGUACCAAAGACUAGGUGGCAAGACCAACAUCACAGCGCUCCUGUUAGAGUGUGUUUACCCCUUCAGCUGCCAGAGAUAUGUGAAUGAGAUUUUCCCCAACAAUUCCUUGUGACUGAAGCGUGUUGUAAUGUCAGAGACCUUGGCUGGAACAAUGAUGUGCAAUAGUAACCAACGUCCCAAUGACGUCCUCAAACUUCUACUAAAACGUUGUUUGUUGCUGUCUUUUACCUACAAGUACAAGGGGCAAAAAUUGUGCCCAUGGGUGAUCAUGGUGAUAGGCCAAAAAGUGGCCCCACGAGAGGACGUACCUCUUCGGGAGCCAUUGGUUGACCCACAGAGGCACGCCAUGUAGGUGAGUUGAGACACUCGCACUCAGCAGACGGGUCCAAAGCAGGAGUGGGCAAACUAUGGCCCGUGGGAUUGCCCCUCACCCCCAGUGGUGCCGCAGGCCCCACGCCGCUCUCAGAAGCGGCCAGCACCACAUCCAUGCAUUGCCCUUGCCUCCAGGUACCUUCGCCCACAGCUCCCAUUGGCCGGGAACGGGGAACUGUGGCCAGUGGGAGCUUUGGGAGGAGGUACCUGGAGGCGUGGCAAGGGCAGCGUGUGGAGCCCUGUGCCGCCACGCCCAGGGGCCGCAGUGCCGGCUGCUUCCUGGAGCAGCGGGGGGCCAGGCCCCCCCCCAACUCCCUGCUCUGAGCCCCCUGCUGCACCUCAACCCCCUCAUACAUCCCGCACCCCUCCUCUGCCUUAAUCCCUUGCCCUGAGCCUGUUCCUGCGCACGCACACACACACACACCCCCACUGCCACAGCCCUGCAUACAAUUUCCCCACCCAGAUGUGGCCCUCAGCCCAAAACGUUUGCCCACCCCUGGUCUGUAACUAAAAAGCACAUUGAAGUUAGGGUGUGUUUUGCUUGAGUCCUGCUUCGGGCCCAUAAGAGCCUGGUAAGUGAAUUCCUGCCUUGUGUCCAUUCCAGUGGUGUGUCAUACUACAGCAAAUGUGGCUGAAAGCGACUUGCUCUUAGCGUUCGUGCUUUGGGGCACAUGAGCCCUUCCUGCUGGCUGGGUGUGUUCGCAACCUCAUGCGCAGGGCUCCGAGUCCGUCACAGAUUCCCUGACCCUCGGGACUUCUGCAGGAGCCUGUGUGGCUGACUCCAGGGCCUGCUGCUCCAAUGGUGCCCCCCCCCCCCCCCAAAAAAAAAAAAAAUCCACACCAGUCGCUGCAGUGGUCCCCAGCGGGCUGGAGCAGCUGUGGGCCACUGGUCACAAGCACCUCCUCAGCAGCAGCGCUAGUGCAAGGCCCCCCCCCAAGAUUUAAUUAAAAAGAUAAGGCAUGGCCAGGUCACGGGCCGUGAAUUUUUGUUUAUUGCUCAUGACCUGGCCAUGACUUUUACUAAAAAGGCCCAGAACUAAAUCGUAGCCUUGGGAUGUGGCUUUGGCUAGGAAUGGGAUUCCACGGUAGACGUUUGUGCUUUCAAAUCCUGAUUGAUUAAAAAGGGCUGGGGGAGGGAGGAGCCAUUGGCAUGCAGGGUCCGGCUCUACUGAGGCUGGAGGUGUCCUACCCAGCUUGAGGUGAAGUGCACAGUGGCAGACUAGCCGCUGGACCAACGGGACCUGUGCCGAGCGGCCCCAACCAAUUAGGAGGGUCCCUUGAAAAAUGGACACCUCCACACACACAUACAGACCACUAGCCACUCCACCACCCUGGCUCGCCUGCCUGUUGGGGGAAGCCCCCACGUCCCGAUAGCAAGUGUGAAAAAUUGGGGUGGGGUGGAAGGGGUAAUAGGUGCCUAUAGCAGACAAAGCCUCAAAUAUCAGGACUGUCCCUAUAAAAUUGGGUCAUCUGGUCACCCUAUGCCCAGACAGGUAUGCCAGGGAUGGACUACAGGCAGAAGGGGUGGGGAGGCCCACAGCCCCACAAACCCCCCACCGCGGCCGCUUGGUACCUGCCACUAGUUUUGUUAAAAUGCUAAGGUAGCCUUGGCUGACUUCUGGCCACUUUGGUACAGUACUGCACUGGUGGACCUGUGCUCUUGGCAUGUGUUUCACUGGGGCCAAGACAUGGACAAAAAAAGUGUUACAGGAAACUGGCCAGUUAGUUAUUAUAGAGAUUAAUCAGGUUCAAAAAAGAACUAGGUAAGGUCAUGGAGGAUAGGUCCAUCAAUGGCUAUUAGCCAGGAUGGGCAGGGAUGGUGUCCCUAGCCUCUGUUUGCCCGAAGCUGGGAAUGGGUGACAGGGGAUGGAUCACUUGAUGAUUACCUGUUCUGUUCCUUCCCUCUGGGGCACCUGGCACUGGCCACUGUCAGAAGACCGGAUAUUGGGCUAGAUGGACCAAUAUGGCCAUUUUUACGUUCUUAACGCUUGUGGGCUUUCACACGCUCUCCCUUGCUAAAAUUAAGGUGGUGGCAAUACAGGUGAACCCCUGUGACGAUAGCCUUAUAGCUGAAACCAUCACUGUAAAUGCCCUACCACGCACGGCUCUUUUGGGGGUUUUUUAGCCCGUGUCAGACAGGCUUUUGACCGAAGCAUGUUGGUGGUGGACAGGGGCGGGUGCUAGCGUGUGCUGCAGCUGGUGUGAAAGCAAGGUGUGCCUAAGGGACUGGGCUGCUUGCUUCCAGUAGCCGCCACACACUCGUGUGCUGCUCCAUCAGUGACUGCCUGAGCAACCCUUUCCACAGCUGUUUGUCCUUUGAUUAGGUUGGCCCCCAAAGCCGUUCCUUUAACUGGAAAAUAAAUGAGCCGGCAGGGAAGAAAGAUGGGAGACGGGCUUGUACAAUGUAAAAAAAAAUAAAAACAAGGCCCAAAAAUUCAUUCUCACUCUUUGUGCAGCUGGGCUGCGGUCUCUGCUUUGGCGCUGUAAACCACUCUCACUUCCGCUGCAGGCAGUGAGGGGUUCUCUGCUUUACUCUGCACGAGACCGGCAGCUGGCUCCAGGCUCUCCCCUCAGGCACGUUGUAGCACCGAGAAAGCCCGUGUUUUAUAGAGAUAUCUGAGGCCGAGUCAAUGCAGUUGCCUUUGCUUAUGGAACACAGCUCUGGCCAAUUGUCCCGCUGAGACUUACCUGGCUGCUAGGUGCAAUAUGGCCAUCCUCGGCCAGCUCGUUGCGGUUGUGAAUGGCUGGGAGCUGUGACAAUAUGGCCUUGAGGGUAGCCGCUAUAUGUGGCUGGGGAGAUUGGGGUGGAGAAAGGAAAGAGGCUAAACGGUGGCCCUAGAAUGCAGGGUUUGGGACCCUUUUUUGGAUUGGCCUUUCAAAAAACAUGCACUUUAUUAAGAAGAAAAAAAACCCCACCCUUCCUUUCCACUGUCUAUCACCCCUGUUAGUGGAAUUUGGCCAAAAGAGUCACUGACAUGUUGACAAGCCCUGGCUAACACUGGCCAAGUCACUCUGACUCCUGUGAAGAAGCAGCUUUCAUGAAUGCACAUUCUUUCUUGCUGCCUUCAAGCUGCUCCUGGUUUUCAGACAAUCAUGAGCGCGCCAAACUGCUGAGGUCCUUACUCAGGUUUUACUCAGUUUCUGUUCAGUCCUUACUCAGGCAAUCUCCUGUCAACCCAACAGGAGCCCAGCCUGUGUAAAUACUGAAUCCAGACCUCAGCCGUUGGCCCUGAGCUCUCUCAAAGCGAGCCUCUUCAGGUUACCGUUGAUUUGUUUACCUCUGUGUUAGCUAUGACCUGUGUUUUUGUGACCUGUUUGGAAUUGCCCAUUGUCAACUGGUUUUGGUAAGCAGGUGGGCUUGUCCACUUACAAGGGGAUGCACCUUCUACCAGUAGUAGACUCUGGACUAUAGGUAUGCAACAGAGUGUACCCAAAGAUUGGUGCCAGCUCAGAGCGAUACCUCCUAAGUCAUAAACAUUGUCCGGCUUUCGAGUACACCCAUGUAUACACAUUUGGCCACACAAUUCCAGACCUCUGAAAACACAGGCAGCUUUAAUUCAAGUCUUGCACUUUUAGCAUAUUUGUACAUUAAAGCCUGGUACAUUAUAACCAGGCUGGUUUGACAAACAUAGUGAAACAUUCUUGUACAUAUUGUACUAUAUCCCCUGUAAAAACUUAGACUUGAGUAUGAAUAUUAGUUUAUUUUAUAUGAUGUCAAAUAUAGAUAAAUUUAUAAAUGUUAAAGUAUUUUGUAAUGGAAAAAAGGAAGUGUCUUAUGAAGACAGUUAGAUUUUGUCGUCGUCUUGCAUUACACGUCUCUGCGCAGCUCCAUUGGAUAGGAGCCGUCGCUUCUCGACAAGCUUUAACAGAUUGUACAUAGUAUUUUGGAAGAAAAUAAAAGUAUACUUUUAAGACC